AUGGUGAUCCACGAAUUGAAGCUCAAGAAAUGUAAGUUAUCGCGUUUGUAUCGAAUAGUUAGAAAUUUCAAAACGUUGAUCUGUCUUGACUUAAAUCAUCUUCACACAUGUCGAGUAGAGAGAAUUAUUCAUAGAAUCGUAGCAUCAAAAGAACUAGAGAUUAAGGAAAACCAUCAGAAUAAGUUAAAUAAGUUCCGUAAUAAACAACGUCCAGCAAAUGAACCAAACAAAUCUACGUUAUCACCAAUAACUAAUCUAUCUAAGCGGAUUCUAACUGAUAACGAAAUAAGUAUUUUGGAAAAUGGUUUGAAUUUUGUAUUGCCAACUGAUAAAUUCGACGAAAUGACAUUCAUCAGCAACAUUGAAACCUUUUUUGUUGAAUUGUUGGGCCAUUGUACUGAUAAAAGAGAUUAUGAAGAGAAAGAUGUUGAUGAGGAGAUAAAAUAUAAUUUGACGCCGAUUCAAUUACAAUUUGCUAACAGAAUACGAUCUGUUUGUAACACUUUUCGUCACAGCGCCGAUAAAGUAAUAAAAAAACAUAAAAACGAAUCUAUUCAAUUCAAAAGUAUCUUGAAGAAUCUUUCCAAAGACAAAUCAAUCUUAAUUACACGCCCUGACAAAGGCAAAGGAAUCGUAAUAAUUGACAAAGAAGAUUACAAUAAUAAGAUGUUGGAAAUUCUUAGUGAUCGUAACAUGUUCGAGAUUGUAGAAGUUGAUGAAACCAUAGCGCAAGAAGAUAAAUUGAUACGAAAAUUGAAGCAAUUAAGAAACGAAGGAUUCAUAACAGAAAAAGAAUUCAAUUUUUGUCGUCCAAGAGGCUCGCAACCAGCACGUAUCUACGGUCUGCCUAAAGUACAUAAAGCAGGAGCACCUCUUCGACCUAUAGUUUCGGCUUCAGACACUUUCAACUAUAAACUUGCAAAGUUGUUGACCCGCCAAUUGGAUCAUCUUCGAAAAAGCGAUUCAAUCAUCAAAGAUACAUUCACCUUUGUCGACGAACUACGCACGUUGAAAUUUGAUAAUUCUCGAAUAAAACUAAUUUCAUUUGACAUCACUAGUUUAUUCACCAAAGUUCCUCUAAAUCGUACCAUACAAUUAAUUCUCGAUAAAAUGUACGGGCCGGAACAUACUUGUACAUACAGUGACCUCAAACGCGAUGACUGGUGUAUUGUUUGCAAGAAUAGAUACGAGAUGAGAUAUCUACUUGAAACAACAACAAAAGAAACCAACUUCAUAUUCAACGAUAAAAUCUACUCACAAACCAACGGGAUUGCAAUGGGAUCCCCACUGGGGCCUUUGUUUGCUGACAUAUAUGUCAAUUAUCUAGAGGAGAGAUUGUUGCCACGGCUAAAAAGAAAUGGUCUGUUGUAUUGGAAGCGCUAUGUUGACGACACGUUUGCUAUCGUUGAGAAACAUGCCAAUGUUGAAAAGAUAGUUGAUAUACUUAACAGUUUCGAUAAUGAUAUAGUAUUCACAUUCGAAGAAGAGAAACAUAAUUGCCUACCUUUCCUUGACAUACUAGUCACCAGAUUGUCAACUGCAAAUAAUCCUGACACAUCUGUCGAUAAAUCCAUCGAAAAAUUGAAUAGUCGAUUGAAUUUCGAAUUGAAUAACUUGAUUGUGUCAACCGUAGAUGAAUCCGAUAUGUCCAACGAUAACUCGAUUGAAAACUUGAAUAGUCAACCAAAUUGUCAAUUUGGAAAAACAUUAGCAGUUAACUUGAUUGUUCCAUUCGAAGAUCAUUUAGACACGUUUGAUAUUAAACUAACAGAACAGCAGACAAUUGAUAAAACCGUUGAGAAUUCGAAUGCUUUGUCCGAUUGCGAAGUGAACAUAACAUCAGCAGAUAGGUUGAAUUUGCCAACCAUUAGUCAAUCAAAUCAAAUCGAUAACAAAUUCACAAUUCAGUCUAAUUGCACAUCUAAUCAUCAACCGAGUGAUAAAUCUAAAGAAAACGAUAGUUCUCCAUUGAAUUUUGAUGUGAAUAAACCAUCUGAAUCGAACACUAUAAAUAAAAUAAAAAACAAAAAUAACGUUUCCUAUCGCCACAAUAGCUCACGUUACAAAUUCACCUCGACACCGUUGAUCCAUAAUCCAAAGAUUGUCUCGUUUGUAAACUCGUUGUUGAGUUCCGAAAAGAAGUCGACGAAUAAUUCGAUUGCUUCACCACCGAACCAUGACAAUAUAUCUAACGUGGAUAUCACAGCCACCUUGACAAACGACGUCAACAUUCAACCAGUAAAUCGUUUAACAAAAAAGUCGUUUGCUAAUCUAAGAAUUGACUCGGAUAAGAGAUUGAUUUCCAAAUCUUGCGUUUGCGAUGAUAACGAUAUUUCACUAGUUGGUUCAAUUAGUUUCGUUGACAGCACUGCAAAUCUAUCUCAAAUAAUGAAUUUAAAUACCAAUUUAAAACUCACUCAUUUAGCCACAUCUAAUAGCCACGCACUGAAUAAGACUCCUGAUGCUCCUUUAACAUUGCACAACGUUAACAAACAUUCCACCGGCAUAGAUAACUCACUUCCGUGCUUGAUCUCAACUAAUCCCACAUGUAAUAAUUUCUCCAUAACACAAACAAACACACACACUACAAAUACAACAAAACUCAUUGACUCAUUUUCGACAACUAUCUAUAGGAAACCUACGUUCACAGGAUUGCUAACCAAAUGGAAUUCAUUCGUACCGCAUUCAUACAAAGUGAGCACCCUAAGUAGCAUGAUCUACCGAGCUAUCAGAAUUUGUUCAUCUUACCAACUAUUACACGAGGAAUUUGAAUUUAUUGAAUACAUCAGCCAAUUAAAUGGUUAUCCUGCUAAUUUUGUUAAAUCGCAAAUACGUAAAACUUUGAACAGACACAUAGGUAAAUUGAACUGUACAAGCGUUUGUGUUUCUAAAGAUAAAAUGCCUCUUGACAACGAUUCAUUACCUAAUAAGAAACAAGUUUUCCUUGACAUACCGUUCGUCGGCAAACCAACUGAUAUCUUCAAGAAGCAGCUAACUAAACUAACUAAGUCUACUGAUACUAACGUUGAUCUUUUGCCAAUUCAGAGACCACCGAGUUCUCUUUCUCAAUAUUUCCCGCUAAAAGAUCCCAUACCUAAAUUGAUAAAAUCUCGUGUAGUAUAUGAACUAAAUUGUUCUGACUGUGAUGCUACCUAUGUCGGUAAGACGAUACGACAUGUAACUAAAAGAUUUCAUGAACAUGGUGCAACCUUCAAUCUAAACCAGGACACUAAUUUGAUUCCUACCAAUUCAAAUAUUGACUCCUUACCUCUAAGACGUUCCGAUCGAAAUAAAAACAAAGUCGUUCACUAUUUUCCCAAAACUUCAGAUGAAGUAACAGCUCGUACACAAAGUAAACCGACUCAGUCAGCGGUACACCAACACGAGAUUAAUAACAAUCAUCACAUCGAUUGGACUAACUUUAACAUCCUUGCUAAAGAUAACAAAAAUUACCAAUUGUUAGUAAAAGAAUCUCUACUUAUUAACUGUCUUAAACCCAAUCUCAAUAGAACAACUAGUUCAGUACCUCUAAUAGUCUUCCCUGAGGGUUUAGUAUCAUCAAAACCUAAAGUCAAGAUAAGAUCGACGUUGGAUGCAAUAUCAUUGGUUGAUAUCUAG